CAACUACGCUGGUGUCCACUCGAGGAAGGAGUGGGACAGGAGAGAAAAGAUCCGCGAGACGAAGUUUGUUCGUCGGAUCGGAUCGGAGCGGGCGGCACGAAGAGGCUGGAGACGAGCGAGCAAAGGAGGAAGGACGGUUCGUGGGAAAGAGAGGAACGGUUAGUCUAUGGUCCAGCGAGUCCGCGGUAAAAAAGAAAUGAGCUGAAACGAAGCUUGUGGUCUCUCGGCAACUCGUGGCCAGUUUCAGCCGCGGCGCUCGACCGUCAAGCUCGCGAUCUCUCGUUGGAACGGCCGACACUGUCGCUUUCUUCGAGAUGCGAACAUCGCCGCAGUUGUCUUCCGUCGAAUCGAAUUCGAACUUCUCGACCAGCGAUGCUCUCGUCUGCUCGCUGAGCUUUUGACGCCCCGCUGCCAGUGUGUAUACUUCCGCGAGUUCUUGUUCCUCAUUUAAUUGUCAGUGACACUGAAAGCAUAAAAGUUGGAUCGUUCGGAGACUGUUUUCGGUGAUUGGGAAAUUGAGCGCAGCGAACCCGGUCUGUUCCAGUUCUGCUCGAUGCCCUCGAACUGAAGAGUAUCUUUGAUAAGUCCACGAACGGGUUCUAUCGUUAUGCUCGAUCGCGUUCAUUGAACAACGUCUCGAGAAUACGAAGUGCAGCUUCGCUAACAGUAUGAUCUAUCAACCAAACCAUCAGUCACCGACGAUGUCGUCCACGAGGAAGACGUCACCGCGGCCUCAACGACGAAGCUUGCAGGCAUCGUCGGGGAAAUGCGCGAAUGCGAAAGCGAAACGAGGAGGCGACAGGACUGGGAACGAGGAACGAUGCAGGGGAAGGUGCAGAGUGCAGUGGAGCGAGAAACACGUGAAGGAAGGGUUGGUUCUCGUUCAAGAGACACAGCUGGCCAGAGUGGUUAAGACAGGACCCAUCACGGAACAUUACGAGAUCGAUCCAAAGCCGUUUGCCAACGGACAAUGGGCGAAAGUGUAUCGGUGCCGAUCUCGGUCGACCGGCAUCCUCUAUGCCGCAAAGUACUCCUCGAGAAACCGAUUUAACGCGGACUGUAGCGCUGAACUGAGACACGAGAUCGCUCUGCUGUCCCUCUGCUCGCAAUCGCACCGGGUCGUUCGGUUGCACGACGUGUACGAGACGCCGAAGGAAAUUAUUCUCGUGAUGGAAUAUGCUCCUGGUGGAGAUCUGCAAACGCUUAUUGACGGUGAUUUGGUGCCCCUCGAAGGUGACGUGGUACACUUUGUGCGGCAGCUAGUAGAAGGACUUGCCUACCUCCACGAGAGAAAUAUCGCCCAUUUGGACAUCAAGCCCCAGAAUUUGGUAAUGAUGGGCAGUUUCCCACAGUGCGACGUGAAACUGUGCGACUUCGAGAUCUCGAGAGUGAUCUUAGAAGGGACGGAGGUUCGUGAGAUUCUCGGGACACCGGAUUACGUGGCACCAGAAAUUCUCCACUAUGAUCCUAUCACAUUGGCCGCUGAUAUGUGGUCUCUGGGCGUAACCACGUAUGUUCUUUUAACGGGAUUCUCUCCUUUCGGUGGCGAAACCGAUCAAGAAACCUUUCAGAACAUAUCCUUAGGCGAAGUAGAUUUUCCCGAGGAAUUAUUCGGCGAUAUUUCGGCGCAGGCAAAGGAUUUCGUUGCCAAGCUUUUGGUGCUGGACCCAAGUGCACGAAUGACCGCGAAACAAUGCCUGCGUCACGAUUGGCUACGCGGCGCACCUACACAAGCGUCGCCGCAUCUCAGAAGAUACCUAUCGAAAUCGAGGGAAGUACUACUUGAGAGGGUUGUCAGCCGGGAGAAUCUAAGAAGAGCGGCGCUUUUAAGUCAGGCUAGCAGCCAAGCGAAUCUCUCGAGCGACGUACACGAAUCGAAUCAUAGCGAUCACAGCUUGCAAGAUUGUUCGCUGAGUCAAAGCGAGAUGUGCCUGAGUCACCGUCUCACUAGAAGCCGAUCCAGCCUCGAGGGUAGCGAAGACUUUCCAAGUCCGGCCAAUUCUCGGACGAGCUUGAACUCGUCCAGGACCAACUUGAGCUGCGCGAGUCAGAGUUGUUUGCUGAACAAAGAACAGACGCAGGGCUUGCUGAGUCGGGCACAGAGUAGAUCGCAGGCAAAUUUGAAUCAUGGCCUCAGCCGAGGACUCCUGUCUAGAAUACGAAGCCUGAAUCGAAUUCAGUCACAGGCUUGUUUGCUCAACGGAAACUCCUCGGCAACCUCGAUUUCGUUGCAACCGCGUAUGACAAUAAAUCCUGUAAUUAGCAAGUCGCGCGAGAAACUGUACGGGCUGAGAUCGUUGUCAAAGUCCCAAGGGGUUUUGAACAUAUACAGAAGCCUCGAGUGCCUUAGACGUAGAAAGAACAGCUACCAACGAGCAAAAACCGAGGAUAUGCUACCCAUUUUCAAGCGAUUAGGUGCUGAAAUCGAUGCGUCGAGCGAACCGAAUGCAUCGGUUGCAGUCACGUGUGAUAUCAAUGAUCGCGUAUCUUACGAUGAUAUUACAAGUUCAAUCGAAACUAAAAGGAACGUCGAAGAAGAUAAAUGCAACACCGAGGCAAAAGUGCCACAGUUGGAGAUAAACGCGAACGAAGUUAAUAAUCAAACAUUCGAUGUACAGUUGAGGAACGAAAUUACAAACAAUUUGGAAGUGUCGAGGACACGAGCUUCCGAAUCAGAAGAGAAUUUAGAUUCACUAAAAUCAAUCGAAUCGGACACGUUGACUGAGGACUCAGAUGAAACACCGAUAAAUCGUGAGACGGAACUGAAUCUCAUAUCUGGGAAACGACCCUGCGAACGACAGCACUCCGAUGCUUCAAGCCAUUCAAAUAACUCAGGGACGUCUGAUGACAAAGAGGACCGAUCAACGGAAUCCGAAAACGAGGAGCCAAAAUAUACAGUCGCACAGCUUGUGUCCGCGUUUAAUAAGCACCAGGAGGUCGCCUCUAAGACCAGUUUGGAGGCGAUUAUGACCGAGAAGAGAGUCAAUGAAGUCACUUUCCCGACGGGAACGAAGGCUUUGCGGCUCUUCAUACCGGAUAUUAACAUCACUGAGAGCAAAAUCGUCAGGCGGAAGACAAGCUACAAGCCGCGAAAGAACUGGGAAAAAUUGAGAAAGAAAAAUGAGAAAAAUGAAGGGAUCUUGAAAAACUUUGUCGACUCCGGUAACGAAGAUGAGGAUGAGUUUAACGACGUCACUGCGAAUGACGAAGAGAAAAACAGUGAAAUUGCGAAGGAAGAAAAGGAGGAACAGCAGGUACAGCAAUCUUCUGAUCAGUGGUCGAGUUUACCACCCAUCGAAAUUAAUGGAGAUCCUGUUUUUGAGGAAAACGUGGUUCAAAAUAAUAUUGAUACGACAAUAGAUGAAAAAUAUAAGCGAUGCGUCAAAGAAGCUAAGAUGAAUGCAGUGGAGGCAACGAAUGACGAGCUUGCAAAAACGAUAUCGAACACAAUGAUGACUUCUACUCGCCAGAAAGAAAGACUGCCAAACUAUAUAUAUUCUGAACCUGCGUGCCAUAUUAAAGACGACUCUCAAGACUCAAUUAAGAAAACCGCUUCUAUGAUUGUGAAUGGUAAAGCGAACUCGAAAAUGCAGAAGACAGAUCGACCCAAGCCAACGUAUAAUACAGAAUGUGCCAAUGUAAAUUUAAAGGAUAUUUUGCAAAGGGUAGACAGUUUUCAGAACACUCCAAAGGAAAACUUGGAAAAUUUGAGGAAGAGGACAUCCAUUACCAAAAUAAUUUUAAACGACAGUUUGCCAUACGAUAAUCAUGAGAAGAACGAACGGGCCCGAAGCGAGCCACCUUCUACACUCGCGAUCAAUCCCAAAGAGGAAGAAGAUCAUAAAAUGAAAUUAAUAGUUCCACCUUCUUUCGUGAGGUCUUCCUCCUUGUCUAGUGAAAGCAGCUGCCCCACACCAUCCAGUGUGCAUUCGGACGCGAAUACUUCCUGGGAGGAUGUACAGAACACUACCUCGAGCGCGUCUUUGGAGAAAGAAGACUCAAGCAAAACUCGAAGAAAAAACGAAGUUCAACGAACUUCGAGCGAGGGAAGACACAAACAAUAUACAGAAGACAAAAGGCUUUGGGGUAGAGUCUGUACCGGAUCAUACAGUAGAGCGAUGGAGAAAUUUAGCAAAAAUAACGACGCGAACAGAAAGCCUGUUAGCCAAUUGAACGGAUUGCAACAGAACGAGAAGAUUAGAAGAAAGAGCAGUCCUGCCAUGCCGCAAUACAUCAAUCCGUAAAAAUAGACUUCUAUUUUACGAAGACUGAAUCUACAACUAGGCCCUACCUAAUUACAGUGACUCAGGCCGGAAAAGUCGAACGGAAUGUACGAUAUAAAUUUGUCUACUCUUUGAUUGACUGUUGACUGGCAACUUUAUUUCUGAAAUACUUCUACGAACCACAAUGCACGAGACUCGCCAUAGUAGUCUUGCCUUUAGACUGGACCAAACUGACGGACAAAUGAUUUGCAAGCGUGUGUCAUCAAAUUGUCUCUUGAAUGAGAAACAGUAAUCUGUCAUUAACAUCCCACUUGGGCGUCGCGCAAUCAAACAAGGCGAUUGAACGUGAUUGAUCGUCAUAGUCUUAUCCUUGAAUUAAUCUCCAUAUUGAGCGAUUCUCGACAGCUACUUUUUUUUCGAAGUGCGUAGUUUCGAUAGACACGUGGAUGCCAUGAGAUGAAGCGACUAAUUUCAACCAAAAAAUGGUAAUCUUCAGCGAACGGAAAAGGAAGUAUCGGUGUAGUCGAUUUGAAAUUGAAAUUAAAGAGGAAUUAAGUAGUAGAAAGCUGAGCUUAAUCUGUAUAUAAAAUGCGCAAUUGAAUACUGCAUUAAAAAAAAUUGCUCACAUACGAGAUUAUCUUUUUACGAUACAAUUUCUGCCUUUACUGAUUAUCUUCUACCUAACGUCUAAUCGUAAGUAGUUCAAUCAUGACGCAAUUGGUAAAUCAAGAAUGACAACUCAAUUAUAUUGUAGUACUUGUAGGUGUUUUAUUAAAAUCGGUAUAGCAACAUGCUACUUCGUUUAAAUUUUAAAUGAUUUUGGUAUUGAAUCUUGUAUCGAAGACAUCUCAAUAAAGACUUACCCGUUAAAUAA